AUGCCUCUGGCGUCCGUGUUAGUGAUGGCGAUGCCUACGCAAAAACCGCGCAUCGGAUUCAGCAUCGAGUCCAUCGUUGGCAGCUCGCAACGGCGGCCACCGCCGCCGCCGCCGCCAUCUUUCUCUCCCACCAGCGAACCAAGCGACGGCAGUUACUCGGGCUCGCGGCGGUCUACGGAAAGGCUGAGGCCGACUGAGGUCCCGAAUCGACCACCAACCGCACCGGAUGGACACUUCCAGUUUUUACCUCAACAGCAGCAGCAGCAGCAGCAGUACCAUCACCAGGCGCGACCUAGAGUGACGAGGACACCGCCCUUGGACCCGAAUCAACGGCCCGCGAUCGGGAUGGUGUGCGAUCUGAGCAGCAGUUCUAGUCGAAGUCCGCCGCUAGCCCAGACGCGCCUCUCGCCCGACCCGGACCGAUCGCCCCGAGGAUCCCCAUCACCGCCACCACCACCACCACCACCCGGCCGAUCUGGACCGAUCGUGGUGCCGGGUAUUCCGGCCCACGGUCUGGUGAGACCGUUCCCAGUCGCUGGGAAUGGGGGGCUGGGUGACCUGAAGUUCCUGGGCAACGGGGCGGCCGAGUUGGCGGCCGUACAGGCGGCGGCCCACCACAACCAGCAGCACUUUCUGGCCGCCCAGGCGUUCCAGGCGGCCGCCGCCCUGGCGCACGUCCAGGGAGGCUUCCCGGGACAUCCGGCGCAUCUGGGUCAUCAUCACGGUGGCGGCGUGCCACGCGACAGUUACCAGCUGUACCCGUGGCUGCUGAGUCGGCACGGCCGUUCCGUGUUUGCGCCCCGGUUUCCCGGCAAUUAUUUGCUGCCAUUUCGCAAACCGAAACGGGUGCGGACCGCGUUUUCGCCCUCGCAACUGCUGAAGCUGGAACACGCCUUCGAGAACAAUCACUACGUGGUCGGUGCGGAGAGAAAAACUUUGGCGCAGGCGCUCGGUCUCACCGAAACGCAGGUCAAAGUGUGGUUCCAAAACCGGCGCACCAAGCACAAACGGAUGCAGCAGGAGGAGGACGCCAAAUCGGGUGACGGAGCGAGGGGCGGCAGCGGUGGCGACGGACAGCGUAGUCCUGGCAGCCCGGCCGGAAACUGCGACGAGGACGACGGCGACGACGACGAUGAGGAUGAGCUAAUCGAUAUGGAAAUGGAUGACGAGUGCCCAAGCGACGAGGACGAGCUGGCGUGA